AUGGCUCCUCGAAUUGACGAUGUCAUGCGUCUGUGCUGUGAAAUUUCAGCUCAUGAUCAGAUCAAGGUGGCAGUAAAAAAUUCCACCAAAGGGGCAAUGGUGGCGGGAGGAACUGCGUUUGUAGGCGGGAUGCUUGGCGGUCCUGCAGGAAUUGCUGUGGGUAAGAAUAAAUCUGUCAGAAGGAUUAUAGUGCAUCUGGCUUGCAGCCAGCUGAGAAGAACAAGAGAGACUGUGGUCUUCAAAAUGUUUUACCUUCAAGAAGUCAGCAGCUUACAGCAAAGGCAGCUUCCUCUGACUGAGGAAUUCAUAUUUUUACACAUCCUUUUAUGAAGUCAAAAAACAGACACCCCCGCCCACUAACAUAUAAUCUCAUAAGUGGCAUGACAUUACAACAGUAACCAAAUGUGGUAAAGGUGUGGUCUGUACAGGGGGAACAAAGAGAGCUUAGUUCAUCAUCAGGUUCCUGCUUAUCAGUUCAAUGUCACUCUGUUCCCAAAACAACCUGUGAGUGAAAUUGUAAUAUUCAUUUAGUUGCAUGGCUUCAGUGGGAAAUAUCAGUCCCAACUCCAAAGCCACACUUCUCCUUUCUCAUGCUCAUUAAAAAGGAACAGAUAGAAUUCUGCAAGCAUUCACACCAAGUGAUUUUCAGUAAAUGAUACCAUAUAAUAACAUACCUAUAUAAUUAUAAAAUACACAUGUGAUGGCUACAUACACAAUAUUUCUUUCAAAAUCAUUUAUGGCUUCUGAUAUUCAUAUCUGUGUUCAUGAGUUUACAUCACAGCUGCCCGAUGAGACUUCAGACUCUGACAUUGAGGUUAAAAAUUCAUCGGGUCCAGAACUUUAAGAAAACCACAGCAGUCUGUGUAGGCUUUUUCAGAUGAACUGGUUUAUUGAUAUCAUUUAAAAGAAUCUUUCUAUUGCUUCAUUUUUAUGAUUUCAUCUGUUACCACCAAUUGCUUCUUUUCUUUCUGUUUCUUCGUUUGUGAAGCACCUUCAACUGUAUAUACUUGUGCAAACCCAAAUUCUUGAACAGUAGAAGUGAUGCGCAAAUUGCUGUUAAAAACAGACUUCAAUACAAAUCCUUUAAGCUAUCUGUUUAAUGGAAAAUAAAUAAUGUUGAAACAUAUUUUAUGAGGAACAUAAAUUGGGAAAGGAACAGCUAAACAGGUCAAAAGUUGUAAGAUGAGAUGGGAAGAGGGGAAGUGGUUCACCACUCUGAGUGACUGCAUUAGCUAAUAGUUCAAUAGUUUCAGAAUAAUGUUGGUGAGCUCAAAAUCUCAGUGUAGAAUCUGAAGACUGUGUUUUAAUGAAUCCUAAAUCAUUAACUUCUGUUUUCUAUCAACAUUUUAAAGAGCACAAGCUUUUUUUGGAGUUGGUUUGUAUGUAUUAAAGAUGCUCUACAAAUAAACUUAAGUUGUCCUGAAACUGUGACUGACCUUCUGUGGACCCCCCUCAGGUGGAGCAGUGGGCGGUCUGUUAGGCAGCUGGCUCACCAGUGGGCAGUUCAGGCCUCUGCCCCAGAUCCUGAUGGAGCUGCCUCCUAACCAGCAGCAGAAGAUCUAUAAUGACGUUGUAGCUGUUUUAGGAAACCUGGACUGGACCGAUGCGGCUCAACUCAUUGCCUUAGUGAUGGGCAACGCAACACUGCAGCAGCAGGUCACCGCUGCUAUACUCAGCUAUGUCACAAAGGAGCUCAGAGCAGAGGUGCGCUACAGGGACUGA